AUGCGCAAGAUCUGUUUUGAGAUUGUUAUAUCGAUGAGACUGGACAUCGUUCGGAAGAUAGGAUGGUUCGCAGUGUACACGGUCUUCCUUCAGGUAGCGCUCAUCCUAAUGUUCAUGGGUUUCGUUCGCUACGAUUCCCUCUACGAUGGCUACAUAUGGAACAGCACAAAAGUCUACGGACACAGCACGCCCGAUUUGAAUCACUUUUAUCCAAUGUUUCAAGACAUCCACGUUAUGAUCAUCAUCGGCUUUGGUUUCCUCAUGACCUUCCUGAAGAGAUAUGGCUUCUCCGCCGUCAGCCUGAACCUCCUGCUGUCGUCCUUAACGCUGCAGGUCGCCAUCCUCGUCGACGGCAUCGCCAGGUCUCAUGGAGGCUAUAUCAAGCUUAAUAUUUUAACCCUGAUGGAGGCGGAGUUCGCGUGCGCCACCGUCCUCAUCUCCUUCGGCGCCGUCCUCGGGAAGGUGUCGGCCACGCAGCUGAUAUUCGCGGUGCUCCUCGAAAUCCCGGCGUGGGUCGUCAAUAAGUACGUCGGGGUGGAGGUCCUUGGCGUCGUUGAUCUGGGAGGUUCGAUUAUCGUGCACGUCUUCGGUGCCUACUUCGGGCUGGCCAUGUCGAGGGCGCUCUCCCGGCGUGUGUCUCCCAUGGACCACGACCUCGAGGCGUCGAGCUACUACUCAGACAUUUUCUCGAUGUUACUGGUUCUGCACCCUGAAAUUCUCCUGAAGAACAGAUGGGAAAUGGUCCACGUGCAAAAUGCCACUCUAGCCGGGGGCGUGGCGGUGGGUGCCGUAGCGGACCUCAUGCUGCAACCUUGGGGCGCUCUUAUACUGGGGUUUCUCUCGGGUGUGCUGUCGACUCUGGGAUACAUGGACCUACAGUCCCUGUUAGCCAAACGCCUCGGUCUGCACGAUACCUGUGGAGUCAACAACUUGCACGGGAUGCCAGGCCUUCUCUCCGGUGUUGUGUCUAUCGGCAUGGCUCUACUGGCCUCCGAGACUUCGUACGGGAAAGACCUGUAUAUUCAGUACCCUAUGAUGGCACCGACGACGAACACCACUGCCCUGCUGGAGCUCAUGGAGGAGGUGCCCGACGUCUCCGCAGGCUCCGCUAGGACUAGUGCCCAGCAGGCCUUGUGCCAGGGGCUCGCUCUCCUGCUGUCGACGCUCAUUGCUGGGGCCUCUGGCGCUGUUACAGGACCUAGUGCCCAGCAGGCCUUGUGCCAGGGGCUCGCUCUCCUGCUGUCGACGCUCAUUGCUGGGGCCUCUGGCGCUGUUACAGGGCUGCUGCUCACCUGCGGAAGCACCUGUGAAACCCCGAGGCAAGAACAGCUCUUCACCGACGACCCUUGGUGGGAGGUUCCAGACGCCGACGAGGUGAUGGGGGCGGAGCGAAAUGGGUGUGGCUCGGGGAAACUUUUCAGUAUUCAGGAAGUCAUGGUAAAAGGGACAGACUUCAGCGUGAUGAAAAAAGUCCUGAUAUCUCUUGGAAAAAUGUUUGUUUGCAUGAAUAUGGAAAUCCUGAAGCUGAUUAUGUUGCACGCGUCGCCAGUUCAGAGUUUAACAAAGGCUAACGAGGGAGUACGGUCGAAAAAUCUUGAGAGGUUUCUGAAGAUAAUAAGACCAGACGGGUCUGUUAAGAGAAGAUCAAACCGUUAA